AUAAGGAUGUCUGAUGGAGCCAAUCCAAAAGACAAUCCUUCGACUGAUUUAAAACUUCUUCAUGAAGAAGUGCCCUUACUGUUUAACGUCAUUGAGACUAGCGAAGAAAUUCCAAUUACUAUUCAACCGCUGCUAAAGGAAUUGGUACAAAAGGCGAUAAGUCCGUUCGAGGUCAAGGACGGUCAGUGGCGUUUGCCACACAACUUACCUGCGGUGUCUCAAAAUUCGUCCCAUGGAUAUCUACCUUCUCUGCCAGAACUGGUUCAACGAGGGAAUUAUGUUCUUGACAAUAGGAAGACACAGCAGGGAGAUUGUGCCAAAGUCACUAGACCCAAGAAGAAGCAUGGCACUUUGAUCCCUGGAAUAUUUUGUAUUCUUUGUCCCCACGGUAUAUGUUAUGGAUUCGAAAUAAUGAGGGAUCACGAAUCACCAAAUAUCCCAUUUACCAUUUUACGAACACGUUUUCCUGAUGCGCCAGAGUUGGUCAUUUACGAUAAUGCCUGCAGAUUGCACGAGUAUUGUUUGAACCGAGAUCCAGCAUUUUUUAAGAAAACAAAAUUUGUUGUUGAUAAGUUUCAUUGGAAAAAUCAUUCAGGAUGCUGCGAAGGAUAUAACAUGAAAUUGUACCCCAUGCUCAAUAUGUACAAUAGCCAAGCUGCUGAACAGUGCAAUUCGUGUAUUAAGCCUCUUGCCUCCAUGGUUUCUUACAUGGAAUACGAUAACUUUUUUCUUUUCACAAAACUCCAUAUUUGGCACAGGAACAUGUUACGCAUUGUUAAGUACAAUCCUGAGAGAGAAAUAGCCUACAAAGACUAUUUUCUCACUCUUAGUCGCGUUAUUCAUUAGUAACGCGUUAUAGUUUCGUUUUUCGAAAAAUUUAAACUUGUUUUUAUGAAUAGUUUUAUCUGUACAAAAUAUUACUUCAUAGUUACCCAUAUAGUUUCUGCAAAAGUAACAAUUAUAUGUAACGUCGUUAAUUGUAAAAAAAUAAUUUACAUCACUUGUUAUAAAUAUAAGAAUGUUAUUCAUAUGCACUAGCUUUAAA